AUGCCUUACACUCCGCCCGCCCAACGGUCUCCUGCUACCUCAAGCCCGAACAGCCCCACCCUCAGUCGAACACAUUCAUACGCCAGCGAGAAGCCCGGCCUGUCGCCGAGCCUCGCCCAACGGCCUGUCCUGCCCCGGUCAGUGUCGUCGACGUCCUAUCUGUCGAAACACCGUCGCAGCCCAUCUCUCCCACAGAAUAAUGGCAACUCGGAGGAUAUGAAGUCGUCUUCGGAGGGUCCCUCGAACAAAGCGUCCUCAUCCAAUGGUAGCGUUCGCCAGUCCCCUCCUCCUGUGAGCACCCAAUUGAUCCCUCCAGGCGCCAUCACCACACCGCCGGACUCGGCAGAAGGCUCCGACACGGAAGAGCGAGGGCGGCAGCUAGAGGAACUGCAAAGGAACUUGCACAACAACAUCGAGGUGAAGCGUGGACACUCUCCCGUGCGUGGCGAGGACGAGGCGAAGACCGUCGCUGCCACUUCGUCAGUGCCGGAGUCAACGCCAACGUUGGGACCAGCACUCACGCCCGAAGCUCGGAAGAUAUCUCACUCUAGAUCCGCGAGCGAGCUAACUACACUGACGACACACACCAACAUCCACGAGUCGCCAGUACAAACGACUGACGAUAGCGAUGAUGACGAUGAUUCGGACAACUCCAAGCCGCCUUUACUCCGCAAGAAGUCUGGUGAGCUGGUCAAGCCUGCUCUUCGACCCCCAUCGCGUCGACGGCCGUCCAGCAUGCCCGGUACACCGACGUACAACAAAGCUGUCCACUUCAACGAGGAUAUUGAGCAGGUGCGACACUUUCUACAGGUCGAUCGGCCUAUUGCUGUCAGCGCUGGUUCAUCACCAGUGGAAACGUAUGACAGCGAGUCCGAGUACCCCUUUGGAUACGAUGACGGCCACGCGUCCAAAGUUGUCGAAUGGGAGAUUCGUCUGGCCAACUUCCCAGUAGAGACCUAUGAAAGGAAGUCCAUGCCUGUGAGGGUCGAGCGGAUUUUCUUGUCGGCUGAUAACAAGAGCUUGAUCGGCAAUGUCGCUGUUGCGAACCUUGCCUUUCAGAAACUGGUUGUUGCCCGGUUCACGCUGGACUACUGGAAGACAACGUCCGAAGUUGUCGCUGAGUUCAACAACGACGUGAGGAAGAAGGAGCCCAACGAUGGUUACGAUCGAUUCAACUUCAGCAUCAGGCUCAGCGAUCUAGCUCAUCUGGAAUCGAAGACAAUGCUGCUCUGCGUACGCUACAACGUCAACGGACAGGAGUACUGGGACAACAAUGCAUUCACCAACUUCCAGAUUGACUUUGUUAAGAAGACGAGGCCGAGGAAGGGUGCGAAGCAAGGGCCUGUGGCCGGCACAUUGGGAGCCAUUCCACGGAGCCGACAUUCCCCACCUUCCCGACAGCGCACGGCACCAGCCUCAUUUGAGGAUGACUUCGGCGGCGAUGGCUGGGAUUCGAGGUACGACUUUGGCUCAACCAGGUCAAUUCUCGGCGAGUCACCCAACACCUCUAUCAGGCUCAAGAACAACAGGAACAAGAGAGGCAGUCUAUUCCCCGGAUCGGCACCAAAUGGCACGACCGGUCCCAACCAGGCGUUCUCAUCCAGAUACGACUUUGGCGCUUCUCUGUCGGCUGCUCUCACUCAGGCCCAAUCUACUCUUGGCGAGCGGAGCGGCCUGAAGCUGAACGCGGCUCCGAAGCCCAAGCGAGGUUACUUUGACAACAUGCCAAACAGCUUGGCUCAGCCGGCUGAUCCUGCUUCAAUGGAUAAUACUCCGCCGCCUUCUGCACUGGCGUCGGACAAGCCCGACCUGAAGUCUGACCAGUACAAGGAGUUGAUCCAGAAAUAUUGUUUCGUACGUCCCUCACGUCCAGGCCAGCUUGCCUGA